UGACAUGUCGUUCGAGCCGCAGAUGCUGAUAUUGCUGCACAUGCAGAAGCACAUGCUGAGCAGCGGGUGUUGCUAAGGGGAGCGGAAUGCCACAAAAGACGCGACUGAGACGCGGGAACUUUAUCCUCCACUCAGCUCCGAUCCGUGCCACAACAAACCGACACCCCAUCCCUGAAGACCCCUGCCUGUUGGAGGAAGCCAUGUCCAUUUGAACUCAUCGUCGAACAACAGUCAAGAAGACAGUAGUCUUUGCUGGAAGGUCAGAGCUCUCCGUACGAGGUCGUACAUCAAUUAGCAACGGGCCUCUCUCGGCGGCGCGUCUCAUUCUCGCGUCUCUCCCCACCUUGAUUGAUUCCAGUCACCACCCAUCUCGAAAUCAAGUUUGUCGAUCAGAUACCAUGGCAAAGCAAAGGAAGAGCCUCCCUCUUCCAAGACUGUCAUCGGGCUCUGCCAGCUCGUCUUCCGCUGCUUCCAAUAUCGAAGUCGGUGGUAGCGCGCGUGAAGGCUCCCUCUCAUCAGCUGCCCUCGCUCUGAUGUCCACGCCUCCUACAAGCAUCUCUGAGCGUGACCAUGUCGGCUCGCUGACCGACAAGGAAGAGCUUGACGCGACAGCGGCAGCAGACUUGACCCGUCGAUCCUCACGUCGCAAGUCUGGUCCUGCAUCGUAUAACCUGGGUGUGCUGUCUGGCGUCCGCCGUACCUCUGCCGCUAUCGAAAUGGCUCACGAGAAAGCCAACCGGAACUUCUCUGGCGAUACCCUUGUCGACGAUGCUCCAGGACCUUCUUCCAGCACACCCAAUCGCCAGCUACUGAACGAAGGCGUCAAAGCUUUGAACAUGGAAUGGGAGAUGGACAACCUGCCCGGCGAUGAUGCUGGUGAUCUGCCAGACAGAAAGAAGCGCCGACACAGAUCGUCAAUGGAUAUGCUCAUCGAGACAACCGGCCGCGCCAUCGGUAGAGUCAAGAGUGUGCUUGGCAAACGAGAGCGAGAGACAAGUGAGAGCGACAAGACAGGCCGCAGGCAGAGUCGCCGUCUGCUGGCCAUUGAAGGUCCCAAGGAAGUAGACGAGGAGGCACAACAGGACGAUAACACUGUCGAAGAUCAACCCGAGCGUGUUGAAAGGCCCAGCAAGCUUGCACGUAUCUCGUCGAGCUUCAGCAUUGCUAUGCCACAGGUUUUCUCAACCAAGAGUAAGAAGCCGACAAAGCGCUACGAGAAACAAGGACUGUACGCUGGUCAAUCCAUCACAAGCUAUGACGACCAGGCCAUUCCUAAGCCUUCGCGGAAGCCCACUGGCAAAGCUCGCCCUCUCUCAACCUCCUUCCUUCCUGACGCUACCAAAUCCGAGAAGCGCAGCAGUCUUGUCACACUACCCAUGUUCUCCUACCUUGAGAGAGAGAGACCAUUCACCAUUCCUUACGACGUUUUUGCUCCUGUAUAUCAUCAGCGUGGCGAGGACAAGCCGAAGGAUUGGGGCAAGGUCCACAAAAAUCGUCUUGUCGGUGACGCCAAAGAGUACUGGAGAAAACCUUACUUUGAAAGGUCUCUGUGCAUCUGCACGCCACCAGUUCCUGGAACGUCAGAGCCUGGAUGUGGUGAACACUGCCUGAAUCGCGCAAUGGACUACGAAUGUGACUCCAACAACUGUGGCCUGGGAGAUUUAUGCACAAACCGUGACUUUGCAGGACUCGGAGUCCGUAUGGAGCGUGCGAACAAGGCCGACAAGAAGUCAGCUUACUAUCUCUUCAAUGCAGGAGUUGAGGUCGUCAAGACUCCCGACCGUGGCUUUGGCGUUCGCGCUUGCAGAUCCUAUGAGCCGAACCAGAUCAUCACCGAGUACACUGGAGAGAUCAUCACCCCCAACGAGGCUGGCAGGAGAAUCAGAGAAGACUACAAGGACAAAGCAGACUACUAUCAGAUGGAGUUUGAUCAAGGCAUGAUUCUUGAUGCAACUAAAGGUUCUAUCGCUCGCUUUGUCAACCACUCCUGCGAGCCUAACUGCAAGAUGCUCAAGCGCUUUGUCGGAGGUCAACCGCGCAUGGCAUUGUUUGCUGGUGAACGUGGCAUCUUGACUGGCGAGGAAUUGACAUAUGACUACAACUUUGAUCCUUACUCUGUUAAGAACGUUCAGGAGUGCCGUUGUGGUGCCACCAAUUGCCGCGGUGUUCUGGGCCCUAGACCGAAGGAUGCCAACAAGCCCGUCACCAAGACGGAGAAGGAAGGCAUGGCUGCUGGCAUGAAGCGCAAAGUCGGCGAGUUCUUUGGGGCCAUUCCAGCAGUCGAAGUGGAUAAGGAGCUUUUCAAGAAGCGCAAGGUCCCUCAGAUGUCCAAGGGUUGGGUUUAUGUCGACGACACCAUCGAAAAGACCAGAAUCGAGGAAGCUCGUAAGGAUAAGGAGAUUGCACGUCUUCAGAAGGAGGGCAUUCUCCCUGCAAAUCUCGAAGUCAAGAAGACUAUUACCACGACCGCCGUUACCAAGGACAAGAACGGAGCCAGGCGUUUCGUACAGAAGGUCACCACCAGGAUGACCGGUCACAAACCCAAAGGCACCCCAGAAGCCACCAAGAAGGUUCAGAAGCUCGGACGACUGUCGUCUGUCAAGAACAAGGCCAGAGAGAUAUCACGAGCAGACGAUGCACAGGUUGGCAGCUCCCAUGUGGCCAAGGCAGCUCGUCGCAGCAUGGACAACAGAAGCAUACCAAAAGGCUCGAUGAAAGUCCGACCGGUGACCAAGGAUGCAGCCAAGAUGGCUCGCACCAUGAGAGCAGUCAAGGCGGAUGAUUGAUACAGGAAACAACGGAUGGAAUUUGGGAAGUGGGUAUACCUGGACGGCGUCAAAGAGGGAUUUGCAGGACACGCACUUGGGUAUUCUUUGUGCCGCAUCGAGGCUUGACAUGGUUUUUAAUCGCACGAUUCGCUCUUUUCAGCAUCACAAUUAUUUUUUGAUUCUUUCUUCCUGUCUCUCACUCAUGAACUCAGCAUCCGCCAGAUGUCGGAAAGUCCAGACCUUGCCAAGCAUCUGCUGAGAGUCGGACGGAGCUUCGGACUUUCGGUCUACCCAAUCUUUGAUGACAUAACGGCAACA